GAGGGGAGCUGAGCUCUGACAGUCAGCGCCAGGGGCUGGUCCCGGCUCGCAGCCCUGAGCCCUGCAGAAUACGCAGGCUCCAGCGGCAAGCCAAAGAAAGGGGACCUUCAUGCCUUUUGGAGAUUCCCUGCAGCCCAUUUAAGGAUGGCAUGACUGCUUUCACACUCAGCCUGAGGUCCUGCAUUCCCUCUGCCAUAAAGAGCCUGAUGCUACAGAAGAAAGAAAUUAUCAGUAACACAUCUGGCAUGGCUGGGGGGCUCUGUCGAGCCAGCUUAGUGAUCCUGCACAGAUCUCUGGCACCAGCUUUCUAAAGGUUCUGCCAGGCCAGCCGAGGUCCUCUCCCACUGCUGGGACAAUGGAAACCAGAGAAGUGGAUGCUGCCCACGCCGGGUGCUGUUCCUGAUGUCAGGACAGGUUGUCCCCAGUUCUGGAAAUACGCUGGUGCCUGCACCGGCUGCCUGUCCUCACUGCAGGGGUACUCAGAGCAGCUGAAGGACAUGGUGACCUUUGUCUUGGACUGCAGCUUCUCUCUGGAAGAGGCCUUGGAGAAGGGCGGGCUCUCUGGAAGAAACCCAGCAGGUCACAGUCAUGCAGCAGCAUACAAGACAACCGUUCCUUGUGCCGCCGCGGCUGCUGGUUCCUGCUGCCCCCUGGUGGUCACAAUGAGGCCCUUUCCCGAGGACGAACUGGAAAGGCUGUUGCAGGUCGUUUGUUCCAUGGCUGGUGAGCAAGGACAGGCCAUCCACAUCGGCCACCCAGAUCAGUAACUGUUGGGAAUCAACGAGCUUUCCAAAUGUGACUACGGGGACUACGUGGCAUGUCAGCCAGGGGACAUCCCAGUGUUCUGGCCUUCCCAGCUGACGAGUCUCGAAGCCAUCGGCAGCUGCAAUGCUCCACGGGCUUUCACCAGCCUGCCGGGUGGCACAGUGACAACCCAUCUGAAAGACACAGUCUCCAGCCCAGGUCUCACCCCUGAAACGGUUCCGGAAGUCCAUCUCAUUUCCCAGGAUCCCUUGCACUACGGCAUUGUGUCAGCUUCAGCUGUUCAAAAGAUCAGAGAACUAGAGUUGAUGGUUGCCAGAGACCCAGGCAACCGAGGGAUUGGGUCUCUGUUUUGCAAAGAUGAACUGUUGAAGGCCUCUCUGUCGCUGUCCCAUGCCCGCUCUGUGCUGGUUACCACCGGGUUGCCCACACAUUUCACUCAUGACCCUCCCAAAAUAACAGAUGGUCCCCCAGAAGCCAUUGCUCUGGCCACCUUCCUGCAGGCCCUGGGGAAGGAGGUCUCCCUGGUGGUUGACCAGAGAGCCUUGACCUUGCACAGGAAGCUUGAGGAUGCUGUGGAGCAAGAGAAAAAGACUGAGGUUCUGAGAGGGCUGGGUGAUUUGCCUGGGCAAGAACAGUGGCCUCGAAUUGGACCUUGCGUCUCCCAAGCUGCAAAGCACCAGCUGCCCUCCCUGUGGGAUGAGGAGGGUGGCCAGGCCGCCGGAGAUGGGGAUGGAUUUGACCACCUGGUAGCCGUAGAGCGUGCCAGAAGGGCUGCCGAUGGCAAUUACUGCAACGCCAGGAAGAGGAACACAAAGCACUUAGUGGAUCCCAUCGACGAGCUUUUCCUCGCAGCACAGAAGAUUCCUGGAAUCUCAUCAGCGGGAGUCGGUGAAGGAGGCAGGGAGCUUGGGAUGGGCAAAGUGAAGGAAGCCAUGAAAAGACACAUAAGAAAUGGGGAUGCCAUUGCCUGUGAUGUGGGGGCCGACUUUGCCAUCAUCACUGGUGUUUCUAAUUAGGGUGGCUACGCCUUGGCCUGCGCACUCUUCAUCCUGAACUCCUGUGAUGUCCAUGGGCGAUAUCUGAGGAAGGCAGUUGGACCCUCCAGAGCACCUGGGGAGCAGGGCUGGACUCAGCCUCUGCCUUGUUUGAUUUUUUUCCAGGAAGAAAAAAUGUUAGGCAUCCUAGUCCAGCACAAGGUGUGAAGUAGAGUCUCAGGCAUCAUGGGCAUGGAGGUGGAUGGGCUGCCCUUCCCUGGCGUCCAUGCUGAGAUGAUCCAGAAGUUACUGGGCAUCACCAAGCGGCACAUGUGA